CCAUGCGAAGCUGGAGAUUGCGCCGGAAGUCACAUUCUCCGCAGUGGGUUUCUGCGGGGCUGCUGUCGCCGCCAUGCCUAUGAAGGGCAGGUUCCCUAUUCGGAGGACGCUGCAGUAUCUGAGCCAGGGCGACAUCGUCUUCAAGAACAGCGUGAAGGUGAUGACGGUGAACUACAACAUGCACGGAGAGCUCAACGAGGGCGCCAGAAAAUUUGUGUUUUUCAACAUACCUCAGAUUCAGUACAAAAAUCCUUGGGUACAGAUUGUGAUGUUUAAAGACAUGACUCCUUCACCUUUCUUAAGAUUCUAUUUGGAUAGUGGAGAGCAAGUCCUGGUUGAUAUACAAGAGAAGACCAAUAGCGAGAUAGCACAGCAUAUUAAGAAAAUUCUUGGUAAAAGCGAAGAAACAAUCCGGACAGAGGAAGAGAAGAAGAGAAAAUGGCACCCUGCAACAUUUGGUUAUAAAAAAUACCACUUACGGCAAUGUAUGUGUGAAAUUGAUGGCCAGAUUCCAUGUCCUGGUAAAGUGCCAUUACCGAAAGAGAUGACCGGCAAAUAUAAAAACGCCAUGAAAGAAAGUUCCUAAACCACUUUUGCGCCAAGCUGCUCCGCAAGGAAUUAAAAGAUUGCAGAGAAAUAAGAAACUGACUGAUUAGUGGCAUGAUGAGAAAGAAUUGUGUUGUGUGAGUCUUAAUGCCAGGAAAGUCGAUGGGGCUUACUUCUUUCACUGCUGUACACUUGAGUAGUAAAUGUUUUAUAAAUGCUUUUUAAAAGAAAAAUUAAAGAGCAAGUGUUGGGUCAUAUUGAUCAUAAUGACAACUUUUAAUUUUCUAUUAGUUGAAGAAGGGCCACUGUCUUGGGAAAACAGUUUGCAUCAUGUCCACAUUCUGUAGGAACAGGGAAAUGUAAUGGGCAGUGCUGGAUCCUUUUCCAAAGGUUCCUUUACAGACUUCCCAUUUUAUAAGCCUACCAAUGUUGAUCAUGAAUUAAGGGCUGAAAUAGUUGUAGUGGUAUGUCUGUGAUGAUUGUGGCAAUUUUUGCUUCAGUGGUUACACAUACCAUUUCAAUCUGUUUAAGCUUUCUAUCAUGAUGCACGGUCAAGCCACCUGCUUGAUUUAAAAUCAUUUAGCACGAUAUAGAAGCAGUUGGCUGAGAAGUACUGAAGUGAGAGGUGCUCCAAAGCAGGAGUCUCCAACCUUGGCAACUUUUAAGCUCGGAGAACUUAAACUCCCAGAAUUCCCCUGACUCCCAGCUUUUUCCCGAUAAGCCUUCUAACAAGCCAUACUUGUUCAGUCUUUUUCUGUACUAUCACAGACUUCAACAUUUAACAUAUUGAGGUCUGUAGAGCAGGGGUUGGAUUCUACCAGUUCAGCCCAGUUCAAGCGAACCGGUAGCUCCAAAGAUCAGCUGAGAGCGACCCUGGGUUAUAAUCGCCUAUAUUUCCUUGUUUUUUAGCCCAGUUGAUAGGCACGGCAGAGCUGUUUUGCUGUGCUCACCUGCAGUAGAAGAUAAAUUUUUAGCUGUGUUUUAAUCCACCACGCGCUCAGCGAACCGGUUGUUAGACCGGUUUAAUCAUACCAUUGCUGUAGAGUCUGAGAUGUAAGUCAGACUUUUUGCAAUUUCUAAGCAUUGCACUAUCUGACCUUGGGGUGAAUUUGCUGGGACAUCCACCCCUGGGAAGAUUGGCAACUAUCUUGAACAUUUUCUACUUGUGAAUACUUUUUUUCUCAUUGUAGAAUGAUGGACUUUAAAUUAUUUGGAAAUGGCCUGAUAACCCUUCCCAGAUUGAUGAGCAGCAAGUUGCUUCUCUAGGAACAUAGCUGAUGCAUUUCCUCUUUGGCAUUGUGUUAACACACACCUCAGUGCUGGAGACCAGCAAACUCCUAAAACUCUGGCUUGUGUAGAGGCAUUGCUAAUGAUCAACUGAUCAAGGGGACUUAAUUAGCGGCAGUGGCUGCUACUUAGCCUCUUCAUACUUUUGGAAGCAGUGAGGAUGUACUUAGCUUUUUACCCAUGGCGUCUCCAUUUUGGCUUUCUUUUUGUAAAAUAAAUAAUAUGCGUAAUAUGUCAUGUGGUGGUGUUCAUCUGAAGUUGUAUUUACUUUUAAGAACUGCUAAGGACCAGAUUAUUUUUACUAUGUCCUGAUAUCUCUGAUUGAGGUACGUAGAAUUCUACAUACUUUUAUUCACAAGACUAUAAGCCGCUCGGAGUCCUUCGGGAUUGGGGGGCAUAUAAAUUUUAACAAUAAAUAAAUAAACUAGAUAUGCAGAACAGAUCACUGAUGGCCUUAGACUAAUUCAAUAUGUGAUUUAAUCAAAUCUAGGAAUUAAGUACCAUCUUUUCCUCUUAUGUCUUGUAACCCAGGAAAAUAUAUUGUGGGAAUAUGGCUAUGGUGAAAUUUAUUUCUGAUCAUUUCUUUUCCUUUGGGUGAGGAAAAGAAAUACAAUUUACUGUUUGCCCUACUGCCGUAUCUAUUUUUAUAUUCCGAAUUGUCUUGUUUUACAUUUUAAAAGCAUAACUGUUGCUCAAGUGAUUAAAUUAGGUAUUUGAAAACAA